GAGAGCGAAACACCUCGGUGAUUUCAGGAUGCCAACUUUGGUCGAACGACGCAAGCUGAAGAGACAGAUGAUGGCCUGUCAAACUCCGGUUUAUAACAUUUAUUAUACAGAGUCGGUACCCAUUCCUCAGCUUCCAGAGCUGACGAACAAUAUUGCCAGAUCGUUGCCUCAGCUGAGUUUGCCUAAUCCAUUAGCUCCGAGAAUGAGGAGAUCUCCUCGAGGGAAUGGUUUCUUCAGAAGAACCCGCAACCCCCUCAGAGAUAAGAAACCAUUCUUUCCCGAAGAGGAGAAUCGACGUCGCCUUCAGAGAUACACUUUGUCACAAAUUGACGAUUUUCCAAAAUUGAGAGUGAACGACCAGCAGGGAUUUCCACCUGGCUGUCAAUCGAGCAAUGUCGUCUAUCAAAACCCUUUUGACUAUCAGAUCAUGAAUUAUCCGUCGACCUAUAUUACCCAAAAUCAAGGAACGGUCCCUGAUGCUGAUGGAGAGUCUCAGAAAAAUUAUUCUCUGCUCCCGAAUGCAACUCAAGGAUCUGUCAGAGCAUCGAACCAAUUAAUUACAUUGCCUACGCAGCCAAUGAGCUCAAGUCAAGGCUACAGCAUGAAAAUCCAGGUUUUAGCACAGCCUUUGAAAACCGAGGAAGUCGAAAAGAGUACAAAUGUAAAACCUGAAGAGUAUCAGAAUUUUUCCAACGGCACAAUAGUUGAUUUUCUGAAAGAAGGAUCUGCGACAGUUCGGUCAACCCCUAGAGUAGAAAAUGGAUCUUCAUUGAACGCUGUCAUAGCUGAAGAAAUUUCGACUCCUGUCCAGACACCUUUGAAGAAGAAGCGCACCUCUCUUCUGAGUAAAAUUACCAAAAAAAUAAUGAAGAAGAGAGCUCAGCCAGUUGUGAGCAUUACGAGAUCAGACCAGGUGGUGUCCAAUCUGCAGACUCCGAUUUCAAAGCCGUUGGAAUUUGCAAUCGCGAACGAUCAGUCAUCUGGUGCUUCCUCGAGGAUUGGGCAGAGAUUUUCGGGGUCUAUUAUUUCUUCCGAGAAAGCAGUUCCAUUGGGAACUAUCAGAGAAGGAAAUGCAACCCCAUCGUCGAGCAGAACCGACGAGGACAAAGGAAGCAGCGCGUACAGUGCCCAGGAAAUCCUGAGCCCCAGGAAAUUAAUUUCUUCCGUCACUAACGUUUGUUCCCUGAAGAAAGAGUUAGGAAACGAAGCGUCAAAAUUUUGCGAAAACCUAGAAAGCCCGAAGAGAGAUAUUCCGAACGAUAGAGAGUCGCGCUCGAUCUCUACUCGACCACAGAUCCCGAUUAGCUUUCAGGAUGCGGUCAGAAAAUUGGAAGAUACUCUUCUAAGGUGCAAAGUGGAUUCUGCGGCGGAAAGAGAGCUGCUAGGAAGCAUGCUGCUAAGUCGACUGAAUAACUGCUCUUCGAAAGCACUCUGCAAGCGGCAUGCCAAGCAAUUGCUAUCGAAAGAGUGUGUCAAGCCAGCUCGAGGUGAGUCUCCCGAGCAGUGUCCCCAUUCUGCGGAAAAUCCCGAAAAAAUCAUACGACACAGAUCGAGUCAUAAGAAACAUGCAGACCGGCUCCUCUCCUCGGGAACUCCAAGAACAUCUAACUCAUCGAGCCAGAAGGGAAUUCCCGAAAUCAGGGAUUUCAAUUUCCCCUCUCAAAGCUCUACCUCCUCUUUCGCUUGCGAGACAUGCAAGCAGAAAAAUCCCACAUACCCCGACGAGGAAUUCCUGGCUUCGCAAACGCGAAUUUCCGAAUAUUUUAGGAAAAUCCACGAGAAUCCUCGCGAUGCGCUAUCGUCCCAGGAUAGGAAACCUAACAGACGGAAUUAUUUGCUGGCCGACCUGCGAGAUAACGACACAGCAAUGUUUCAUAUCGACGGACGAAGAGAUCAAGCCGAAGAACUGGAGCGUCGUCGACAAUGGCACCAAAAAAGACAUCUUUCAAGGAUGAAUUAUCCGAAAUGGACGACUCGCGAUAGGAUUGAAUGCGAAAACGAUGCUGAAUGUGAAACUCGGUACGAUUCUUCAGCAAAUAGGGACCCUAGUUUCUGUCGAAGUACUUCAGCGUCGUUGAGAAGAUGCGGUGACCGAUACGGGAACUCAAAUUCUAUGGGGAAAGAACAUCACUUCAGGGCUCGAGAUCAUUCCCCACCUGAAAGGGAUUCUUCUAGUAGGUCUUUGUGCCCAGAUAGGGGGAAUUAUUGUCUCCAAAAGAGCCCAACGUCUCCGACUUUUCGUCGAGUUUGCGUAGAUCCCGAAAUCCAGACCUCUAGGGGAUUUUUCCCACCGCAAAACGAAAACGUCGCGUGUUGUGGACUCGUCAUGUAUGGACAACGAAGCUGCGUUUCGAACUCAGUGCGAGACUGUUGUGGUAGGAAAAUUCCGAUUUGCGGGACCGUCAGUCAAGGGAUCUCUGUAAGGUACGAGCCGAAUUUCAUGAAACCGCAGCUUGAUGAGACGGACUCUGGCUUUCUUCGAGAAGUCAGGUAUAGAAGUAGAAGAGUAGAGCCGCUUUCUCGAGAAGGAAGCUUACCUCAUCAGAAACAUCGAAGGUCUCAUCGUCGGGAUGAGACGGAUCGACGCCCCUCUGGAGUGGAAAGCGAGAAGAAGACUAGAACUCAAUUUGCGGGUGAAAACGAAAGAGCUGAAGAAAGAAAUAAAAGAGGCAACCUCGGCACUUGUGAGACCAUUAAAAGCACUCCCGAAUUUUCCCCACCUCCGGUGAUAAAAAAUUUGGCUAAGGCUGCGAAUAUCGUGUUUUCUUCGAUCUUCGGAAGAGGAACAGGAAAGCUUCCAACGCAGAGUGUGGCGAUGCAACAAACGCCUCAAAAAUUGGGACGUAGAAGCCAAAGCUCCGUGGUUAAGUCCAAAGAAAGAAGACACGUCGAUGAAGCAACUCGUCAUGUCAAAGAAACACGAUAAACUUGAUUUUCCAUCU